AUGGUCAUCGGCGCCCGACGGGAAUGUGUCGUAAGAAAAGUGAAGGAAGCGGACACAGUUUGUGUCUGUAACUCAACAUAUUGUGAUGACUUCCCGGCCCUCAAGCGCCCAAAGAGUGGUUUCCUUACGGUUUAUGAGAGCAAUAAAGCCGGAGAAAGGUUUAAGGAAACGGAACUCCAGUUCGGCUCAACCAUCGACUCAACGGCCGACCAAACGGUUGUCGUGACUAUCAAUAAGACACAGAAAUAUCAGACAAUCUUUGGAUUUGGCGGCGCUUUCACUGACACAACGGGACAGAUGCUGAAGACAGUCAACCCAUCGUUGGCUGAUCUGCUGAUUGAUAGCUACUUCUCGAACAAUGGCAUCGAGUACUCAAUGGCCAGAAUACCGAUGGCCGGCACAGACUUCUCGUACAGACCCUACUCUUACGAUGACGUCGACGGAGAUCUGGAGCUCAAACACUUUGCUCUUCAGAUGGAGGACUUGGAGUGGAAAAUCCCAUACAUUAAAAGAGCACUGAAAGUAAGUCCGCAUAAAAUAAAACUCUUCGGCAGCCCCUGGAGUCCCCCCUCUUGGAUGAAGACUAACCACAUGUUCAAUCAUGGGGGGGAAUUAAGGGGUACUGUCGGCGGCGAGUACUACCAGUCGUGGGCCAACUAUUUCGUGAAAUUUCUAGACGCAUACAAAUCACAUGACAUAAACCUAUGGGGGCUUACAGUCGAGAAUGAGCCCACACAAGGGUCCCCAGGCAAGGGCUUCAACUGUCUGAACCUAACCGGUCCUAUGGAACGGGAUUUCGUAAAACUCAAUUUGGGUCCGACCCUCGCGAAGGCCGGGUAUGGCAAAGACAAACUCAAUCUAAUGGUAUUCGACGACAAUCUCAGCGUUUUCGAGAAGUUUGUACCAACGGUACUGGAGGACAGGGAGGCAGCGAAAUACGUGUCGGGCAUCGCCUAUCACCAUUACGGUGGAUAUCCGGACGGAUUUCCGACUGAAAUACAGAAGAACUACACCGAUAUGUUUCUAUUAAGCACAGAGGCCUGUCAUCUCGAGGGACCCGAUUUAGGGCUGUGGAGUGCCGGUGAAAACUAUGCCUCCGAUAUCAUCAGGGCUCUAAAUGAGUACGUGAGGGGUUGGGUGGAUUGGAAUAUGGCGCUGGACAUGAGUGGUGGACCAAGGUGGAACGAUAAGAAUGGGUACGGGGGUGCCAUCAACAUAGACCCGACUAAGGGGGAGGCCUACAAACAACCCUCGUUUUACGCGAUCGGACACUUCAGCAAAUUUAUUCCCCCGGAAUCGGUACGAAUCGGACACACAGUCGACAAAUCUGUGUCGAGGUUUACGGUCCUUACAGUCCAGAGACCCGACAAUCAGACGGUUUUGGUGGCACUCAAUACACGCGCCGACAAUAUUGUGCUCACUAUCCAAGAGUCCAGUCUCGGCGCCCGACGGGAAUGUAUCGCAAGAAAAGUGAAGGAAGCGGACACAGUCUGUGUCUGUAACUCAACAUAUUGUGAUGACUUCCCGGCCCUCAAGCGCCCAAAGAGUGGUUUCCUUACGGUUUAUGAGAGCAAUAAAGCCGGAGAAAGGUUUAAGGAAACGGAACUCCAGUUCGGCUCAACCAUCGACUCAACGGCCGACCAAACGGUUGUCGUGACUAUCGAUAAGACACAGAAAUAUCAGACAAUCUUUGGAUUUGGCGGCGCUUUCACUGACACAACGGGACAGAUGCUGAAGACAGUCAACCAAUCGUUGGCUGAUCUGUUGAUUGAUAGCUACUUCUCGGACAAUGGCAUCGAGUACUCAAUGGCCAGAAUACCGAUGGCCGGCACAGACUUGCCCUUCAAAAGGAGGACUUGGAGUGGAAAAGCGCUGAAAGUAAGUCCGCAUAAAAUAAAACUCUUCGGCAGCCCCUGGAGUCCCCCCUCUUGGAUGAAGACUAACCACAUGUUCAAUCAUGGGGGGGAAUUGAGGGGCACUGUCGGCGGGGAGUACUACCAGUCGUGGGCCAACUAUUUCGUGAAAUUUCUGGACGCAUACAAAUCGCAUGACAUAAACCUAUGGGGGCUUACAGUCGAGAAUGAGCCAACACAAGGGACCCCAGGCAAAGGCUUCAACUGCCUGAACCUAACCGGCCCUAUGGAACGGGAUUUCGUGAAACUCAAUUUGGGUCCGACCCUCGCGAAGGCCGGGUAUGGCAAAGACAAACUCAAUCUAAUGGUAUUCGAUGAAAAUCUCAACGUUUUCGAGAAUUUCGUACCGACAGUAUUAGAGGACAGGGAUGCAGCGAAAUAUGUGUCGGGCAUUGCCUUUCACUGGUACGUUGGAUAUCCGGACGGAUUCCCGACGGAAAUACAGGAGAACUACACCGAUAUGGGUUGGCUGGAUUGGAAUAUGGCGCUGGACAUGAGUGGUGGACCAAGGUGGAACGAUAAGAAGGGGUACGGGGGUUCCGUCAACAUAGACCCGUAUAGGGGGGAGGCCUACAAACAGCCCUCGUUUUACGCGCUCGGACACUUCAGCAAAUUUAUUCCUCCAGAAUCGGUGCGAAUCGGACACACAGUCGACAAAUCUGUGCCGAGUUUUACGGUCCUUACAGUCCAGAGACCCGACAAUCAGACGGUUUUGGUGGCACUCAAUACACGCGCCGACGAUAUUGUGCUCACUAUCCAAGAGUCCAGUCGUAAGCGCCCAAAGAGUGGUUUCCUUACGGUUUAUGAGAGCAAUAAAGCCGGAGAAAGGUUUAAGGAAACGGAACUCCAGUUCGGCUCAACCAUCGACUCAACGGCCGACCAAACGGUUGUCGUGACUAUCGAUAAGACACAGAAAUAUCAGACAAUCUUUGGAUUUGGCGGCGCUUUCACUGACACAACGGGACAGAUGCUGAAGACAGUCAACCAAUCGUUGGCUGAUCUGUUGAUUGAUAGCUACUUCUCGGACAAUGGCAUCGAGUACUCAAUGGCCAGAAUACCGAUGGCCGGCACAGACUUGCCCUUCAAAAGGAGGACUUGGAGUGGAAAAGCGCUGAAAGUAAGUCCGCAUAAAAUAAAACUCUUCGGCAGCCCCUGGAGUCCCCCCUCUUGGAUGAAGACUAACCACAUGUUCAAUCAUGGGGGGGAAUUGAGGGGCACUGUCGGCGGGGAGUACUACCAGUCGUGGGCCAACUAUUUCGUGAAAUUUCUGGACGCAUACAAAUCGCAUGACAUAAACCUAUGGGGGCUUACAGUCGAGAAUGAGCCAACACAAGGGACCCCAGGCAAAGGCUUCAACUGCCUGAACCUAACCGGCCCUAUGGAACGGGAUUUCGUGAAACUCAAUUUGGGUCCGACCCUCGCGAAGGCCGGGUAUGGCAAAGACAAACUCAAUCUAAUGGUAUUCGAUGAAAAUCUCAACGUUUUCGAGAAUUUCGUACCGACAGUAUUAGAGGACAGGGAUGCAGCGAAAUAUGUGUCGGGCAUUGCCUUUCACUGGUACGUUGGAUAUCCGGACGGAUUCCCGACGGAAAUACAGGAGAACUACACCGAUAUGGGUUGGCUGGAUUGGAAUAUGGCGCUGGACAUGAGUGGUGGACCAAGGUGGAACGAUAAGAAGGGGUACGGGGGUUCCGUCAACAUAGACCCGUAUAGGGGGGAGGCCUACAAACAGCCCUCGUUUUACGCGCUCGGACACUUCAGCAAAUUUAUUCCUCCAGAAUCGGUGCGAAUCGGACACACAGUCGACAAAUCUGUGCCGAGUUUUACGGUCCUUACAGUCCAGAGACCCGACAAUCAGACGGUUUUGGUGGCACUCAAUACACGCGCCGACGAUAUUGUGCUCACUAUCCAAGAGUCCAGUCUCGGCGCCCGACGGGAAUGUAUCGUAAGAAAAGUGGAGAACGCGGACACAGUCUGUGUCUGUAACUCAACAUAUUGUGAUGACUUCCCGGCCCUCAAGCGCCCAAAGAGUGGUUUCCUUACGGUUUAUGAGAGCAAUAAAGCCGGAGAAAGGUUUAAGGAAACGGAACUCCAGUUCGGCUCAACCAUCGACUCAACGGCCGAUCAAACGAUUGUCGUGACUAUCGAUAAGACACAGAAAUAUCAGACAAUCUUUGGAUUUGGCGGCGCUUUCACUGACACCACCGGACAGAUGCUAAAGACAGUCAACCAAUCGUUGGCGGAUCUGCUCAUUGAUAGCUACUUCUCGGACAAUGGCAUCGAGUACUCAAUGGCCAGAAUACCGAUGGCCGGCACAGACUACUCGUACAGAGCCUACUCUUACGAUGACGUCGACGAUGAUCUGGAGCUCAAACACUUUGCCCUUCAAAAGGAGGACUUGGAGUGGAAAAUCCCAUACAUUCAAAGAGCACUGAAAGUAAGUCCGCAUAAAAUAAAACUCUUCGGCAGCCCCUGGAGUCCCCCCUCUUGGAUGAAGACUAACCACAAAUUCAAUAAUAGCGGGGAAUUGAGGGGCACUGUCGGCGGGGAGUACUACCAGUCGUGGGCCAACUAUUUCGUGAAAUUUCUAGACGCAUACAAAUCACAUGACAUAAACCUAUGGGGACUAACCGUCGAGAACGAGCCCAUCGAGGGUGCGGACCCGAACUUCAACGCCAACUGCCUGAACCUAACCGGCCCUAAUGAACGGGAUUUCGUGAAACUCAAUUUGGGUCCGACCCUCGCGAAGGCCGGGUAUGGCAAAGACAAACUCAAUCUAAUGGUAUUCGACGACAACCUCAACCAUUUCCAGAUGUUCGUACCGCCUAUACUAGAGGACAGGGAGGCAGCUAAAUACGUGUCC